AUGGGCCAGCAAGUCUCCAAGACCUUCUGUUACUCUUCUUCGGUGGAUGGCACUUCAAAGUUAUCAAAGCCAUCAAGGGGCGCCCUCAGAGCUGCUGCAUCGCGCUCCUUUAGCGAUGACUUCUCGUCAAAGUCCACUGUCAGUUCGGAAGAUUCUCUGCCACAGCAGCCGUCGCCGGAGGUAGCAGUGGCCUCAGCCAGCGCUUUCUUUGGUGCUUCCUCUGCCAACGAUCAGCUUGGCACUAAGGCACCCUUUUCCGAUUCGGGCUCUCCUUUGGAUUCUCGACAGGAUGAUUCGCUACCACCUCCACCGCAUUCUCAGUCGCCUUUUCUAGUAAUUCCCAACACCAGACCACCAACGAACCCUGUCAAAUGUCCUCCAGCACCUCGUCGUGAUCUUUCGCAUGCUUCCGGAGACUUGGAAGAGUGGCACGAAGAUGAUGUUCAGCAUCUUACGCGGUUGUAUGAGCAACGGACAUGGCAGAUGUUCAUGCUGAUAACUGAAGCGAGGAAACAGCAGAGAUACCAAGGCAGGGGCUACCAUAACGGGGGUAUCACAGCAGGAGAGACGGUUUCGAACCCGGACGAGACACGACAAGAUGCAUCUGCGUCGGAGCUGUCCCCCAAUCACGAGAUGAUCUUUUCCUGUGACUUGUGA